GAUGGAAAAGGUUGGAGCGGUCAAUACCUGGAGAUUAUUAUUUUUUUUAAUCCCAAUCCCCGGACAAAGGUCUGAAUUUUUCAUCGUACCUCUUUUAACCUGCUGGGUUUUUCUCUGGCGGAUCUCUGCGUUAGAAAAUAAUGUGAGAAAAGUGAUACCAAUAAUAAAAAGGUGAUGGUUUGCAAGAAAAGAAAAUAAUUGCAUGAAGACCCUCUCCUUACCUCUAGUUUGAAUUAUUCUUAGUAUUGGCUUUUAAGAUGAGUAACAUCUCUUCCUCAAGAUUGGAAGAUAGAGUUCUGCAAACUCUGACAAAAGUUUUUGGAUUUAACUCUUUCAAGACUUCAUUGCAAGGAAGUGCAACUAUGACUGUGGUAAAAGGGGAAAAGGAUGUAUUUGUAUGUAUGCCAACAGGAGCAGGGAAAUCCCUGUGUUACCAGCUUCCAGCAGUUUUGGCAAAGGGCAUCACGAUAGUGAUUUCACCAUUAAUUUCACUUAUUCAGGACCAAGUGGAUCAUUUGCUCUCUCUCAAAGUCAGAGUGAGCUCUUUCAAUUCCAAGAUGUCCGUUCAGGAGAGAAAAGCCAUUCUUGCUGACUUGACAAGUGACCAUCCUAUGAUAAAGCUGCUGUACAUCACUCCAGAGAUGGCAGCUUCUGCUUCUUUUCAGCCCUCCUUGGAGCGUCUAAUAUCUCAAAAUCUUAUCUCUUACCUGGUAGUUGAUGAAGCUCACUGUGUUUCCCAGUGGGGGCAUGACUUCCGACCGGACUAUCUGCGUCUUGGCUCCUUGCGUUGUCGCAUGCCCAAUAUAUCAUGCAUAGCCCUGACAGCCACAGCUACUAAGCAAGUUCAGGAAGAUAUUAUAGCCCUGCUGAAGCUAAAGCAGCCUGUUGCCACUUUCAGGACGCCUUGCUUCAGGCCCAAUCUGUACUAUGAUGUGCAGUAUAAAGACCUUUUAGCAGAUCCCUAUGAAAAUCUGAAGGAUUUCUGUCUGAAGUCUCUUGGACAGCAAAAUGAAUUAGGGGGAUAUCCUGGCUGUGGAAUUAUCUAUUGCAGGAUGAGAGAUGCUUGUGAGCAAGUGUCUAUUGAACUAAGCUAUAGGGGAGUAAAAGCCAAGGCGUAUCAUGCAGGGCUGAAGCUGGUAGAGCGAACCUCUAUUCAAAAUGAAUGGAUGGAGGAAAAAUUUCCAGUUAUUGUUGCUACUAUCAGUUUUGGAAUGGGAGUUGACAAACCCAAUGUCAGAUUCGUUGCACACUGGAAUAUUUCAAAAUCGAUGGCUGGAUAUUACCAAGAAUCGGGAAGGGCAGGGAGAGAUGGGAAGCCAUCAAAUUGUCGCCUUUAUUACUCUCAUACUGACAGAGAACAAAUCUGUUUUCUCAUCAAGAAAGAAAUUACUACACUUCAGGGGAAACGAGGUUCCUUGAAGGAGUCUGAUAAAGCUGUGAUGAAAAACUUUGAGGUUAUGGUCGCCUUCUCUGAAAAUCUUGUUUGUCGCCAUGCUGCCAUAGCCAACUACUUUGGAGAUGAUGUUCCCCAAUGUAACAGAAGCUGUGAUUACUGUAAGAAUCCAGCAGCAGUGAAGAAGCAAGUAGAAGCAUUACAGCAUAGCACCAAAAGUUGGAGUAGAACCUAUAUUGGACCUUCUGCUUCAUCUUGGAAUGCCUGUGACCCUGAGCUUUAUGGAGGAGGAAAGCGAGGCUGUGGUGGCUUUGAAAGAUAUGAUGAAGAUACCAGGAGUGUGGGUGAAGUUAAUGAGGACAGCCAGAAAAAGGAAUGGAACAGUUUCUAUAACAAACAGAUGAAGUUGCGCAGGGGCAGAGAGCCUGAAAAUGAUAACUUUGUUCUUCCGGAUAGUGAUUGUCCCUUGAAGGAUGCAGCCAGUAGGAAAAUUGCCAGAAUUACAGUAAAGGCUCGAGAACACUGCCUUAGGAUGCUGGAAGAAGCAUUGGUCACCAACCGGCAAGCAGCACCAGUUACAGAUAGUUCAGGUCUUUUAGCAAGUGCUGUAGAGAUGGAAUAUGAAGCUUUCCGGACCAGUAAGAUGGCAAACCUAUACAAGGCAUCAGUUCUAAAGAAGGUCACAGAAAUUAACAAAGCUUCCAAAAAUGGGGAAUUGUAUGCCAUCCCGGACUUGGGAAUCAGUGACUACCCCAAGAUGAAAGGUGAACCAACUGCUACACAUGAUGACGUCUUCUGUCAAGCAUCCAAAGUGAAUACUUUCAAACCCAAGAGAAUGGGGAUUGGAUUUCAAAGGAUGUCUGACAUGUUCCAGUCUGCUUCAGAGGUUCUAUCUGCUAAGGAAGGAAAUGACAUUAAUGUUGUAAAAGAGGAAAUUGGCUCAAACUGGAAGGAAGACAGCAGCUGUGGUCCCAAACCUUUGGAUAUGGGUGACAUUCUUGAGGAUAAGGAGGAAACAACCAACAAAAUAUGCAAAAACGGUGUUGAAUCCCCUGAAAAAAAAGGACAGCAUGACACUGCUGAGGCUGUCACCUCCUUGGCAGUUAGUCAUGAAAAGAGAAAACCUACUAAGAAGCAGUUGCUGUUGGCAGAAGCAGCUAGGAAAGAAUCUCAGAAUAUCUCCAAAUUCUUCUCCAUCCCCAAAGCAGGAUGUAAAGCCAAGGCUUCAGAAAUUGAUUUGGCAGAAAAGAAAAUCAACUGUCUCAAUGAACUGCCUCAGUUUCUUUCCCGAAGAGCAUGUGAAGAGAAAGCUGAACCUCAGGAAACUGAUACUGUCUUUAAAGAAGAACUAACAAGUUCAUCCCCCCAAAAAGAGCAGGAAUUCAAGAAUAUAGAAGAUAUGCCUUUGAGCAGUCAAAGAUUAGGGAGAGAGUACUCAUACUCUGGAUCAAGUUUUGAAAAGCUAAAAGCUGAAUCUUUGGUUAAAGAAGAUAUAACCAAUGAUUGUGAAAAUCAUAACGGAAAAAGACCAGGAUCAGCUGAAGACCUGGAGAGCCCUGCUGAAAAGAGGCUACGGAUGAUGAACAAGUCCUCCAUUUUGUCAGAGUCAGAGGAGAAAGCUGGUAUGCUGGCAAAAAAGAAAGUCACUUUUGACCCAAAUUUAUCACAGGAUGAUAAAGAAGGGACCACAGGAGCCAUCCAGCCACGUUCAAAAACAUUGUCGCUUAAGGAAACAGCAGAUAUUGUUGUAAAAUAUUUGACUCCUUUCUACAAAAGUGGGAAAUUUGCAUCUAAGGAUUUGUUCAAGGGAUUUGCUCGACACCUCUCUCAUUUGUUGGCUGCAGACAAAAGUAGUUUCCGCAAAACAGUGAAAAAAGAAGCGCAGAGGCUGAUCAAGACAUUUUUCAAAAGCCGGGACAAGUGUGAAAGCGAAACAGAUUGGCAGGAGCUGAGCACUUUGGAAACAUGACUCAUGAAAGGCCCUGCUUCACUUUGCUGGUUAUGACAUAGGACUGUCCUUCCAAGUUUCGCUGUAGCUACGCUUUGUAACAAUGCAAUGGGGAAGCGGAGGGAGAGGGCAGUUGAGGAGAUAGAGGCCCCAGAGUUAAGGAUUUUAUCUGCACAAUAGAUUUUCUCUUUCUGGAAAAAAAAAAAUAAGUCAUGUCGCUGUCAGGUUUUGAGGGCAGCCCACUUUCCUCCUUCUAGCAAGUAUGAGUGAACUCAACCUUAUUAUUUGGCUAGGCAUAUGAUUGUGACUGGAGAGUCUCCAGUCUUUUAAUACAGAUUUUACUGGCAGCUAUCUUAAAUAGACGAAAUGCAUUUGCCUCAGUCAGGAUUUCUUUGCUGUGAGAGUAAGGGGUAAGAGAGUACUUUGGGAAAGACCAGUUAAUUUAUAAUUAAAAGGAAACCCAGAAGGGUUAUUUUGGCCAAAGCUCUUUAGAUUUCUGUUCUUUUAUGGUGUUGACAUGUUUCUUUUAUUCCAAAAGUGUUCCCUUGCAAUAAUUUUAAAAAAAUUAAAGCUCAUAAGCUGUAACAAAAUGUGCUGAGUUGACUGGGCAGUGUAUUGAUAGAAUUUUCCUGAGUUGGUAAUAUAAUAAAUGCAGCAAAUUAAGGGCAUAGCAACCAGUACUAAUUAAACACAUGCAGCACUUUGUUUUUUUAAGUGCUGUUUAGAGAGGGUCUUCCAAUGUGGGCAACAGGAACUAUUUUGAUGCUUAAGCUUUCCUACAUUAUUUCCUUUCCCAAUUACUGCUUCGGUAACCCUGCUCUCCUUCUACGUCAUCUGUCAGUAUUUGCUAUGUGUACUUCAGGGACACCCUGCCAGCUGCCCAGAUAGGUGUUGGUGUAAGUUUCCUUCAUCUCCCACCAGUAUGACCAGGGUCUUUGUUGGCUGGGAACAGGGGUGGGCUUCAAAAAUUUUAGCAAGGGGUUCUCUGCCUGGUUGCUGGGUGGGCAUGGCCAUGGUAGGUGUGGCCUAGUUGGCCUCCUGCACCACAGGGGGGGAGGGCGUUUUUGCCCUCCCCUGGCUCUGGAGGCUUUUCUUGAGCCUCCGGGAGGGCAAAAACAGCCUCCCCAGACUCUGGAGGCCCCCUGAAGGCCAGAAACAGGCCUGCUUCUGGCCUUCCUGAACUCCGGUAGGCCCGUUUUUGCCCUCCCCGAGCCUCCAUGCAUGCCCUGCACUUACCUGCAUCCAAAACAGGCCAGAUGGGGACUUCUGAGAGGAGCUGGGCCAAGAAUUUGGGGGUUCUCCGAACUGCACAGAAUCUUAGCUAGAGGUUCUCCCAAACCCCCAACAGCCCACCCCUGGCUGGGAACGAUGGAAGUUAUGCCUUUAAACUGGGUUUGGGAAGAGAGUUCUGAAACAUUAUUUUUAAGGAGAGAAUUAAUAUUGUGUCUUGCUUCUGUUCCUAGUUGGCAUGUCUUCCUUUAUCCAAGAGGGACUAUUACACACCUAUUACGGUUAGAAAUGUCUAGUUAGGAGCAAUAAAACCUCAGGAAUAAAGGUCAAUACCUCCCUUCCCAAAGAUUCUGUUCUUCGAUAUUAAUUGAAUGGAAAUGCCUGAUAUAUUUAAGGAAAAUUGCCAUUGCAGUAUCAGUGCACAUUGCUCUAAAAUUAUGCAGUAGUAAUAUUUUAGAUUGCAUUUUUAUUUUUUGCAUAUGGAGAAAAUUAUAGACCCUUACAGGAGAUCAUUAAUCACAAAUGUUUUCAGUGGGUUCUUGCAAGGCUGUUACACAGAUUAUUUGUACAGUGAGGAGCUGUAACAUUUGGGGGGGGACCCUUGGAUUUGCCACACUAUAAACAUGGGUGUGUUGUAUUAAAAAAUGUGUUUAGGUAAAUAAUGUAAAAUUAGCACUUUAAAACAUGAAAAAUGUGAGAAAUUUAUCAACUACUGUAGUAGUCUCCAAUUCCCACCUUCAAGUUGAGUUGCUUCAAAUAGUUUUGUUUUCAGAAAAGAAAAAAAAUUUUACAGCUCAUAUUCCCUAUCAUAAGUAGAGAAAUAAAUGUGCAUUUGAAAGAGAUGACCUAAUUCUUUUCAUAUGCCACAUACUUAAAAGCCAUACUAUUGUACUGUGCCUCCAAUCUGGAUCUAACUAGUAACUCAGUAUUAUGGCAAAGUAACCCUAGAGAGCUUAUAAGGAAAAUGCUGUUUUAUUGAUAUUUAAGAGAAACUGAAUAUAUUUGGGGAUUCUUAGUAAAAAUAGUAGUUUUUAUCAUUAUGGUUUUUUGACCUGUGCCUUAGAUCUGUCCCUGGAGAAGCCACUGAUCUUUCUGACGUUGAGAGCUGACAGACAAAGGCAGAAUUGUGGAAGAGAUCUUCAAAUUAGCUUUUGCUGGAGAAAUAGGCUUUGUAACUUUAAAGGUACAUGGCAAGCUGCUAAUAAAAUUAAUGUUAAACAUG